AUGCCGACAAUUUUUUGGGACCCUGUCCUCGUGCCAUCCCUCGUUUGGAUUACGGGCGCUUUGGCACUUUGCGUCCGAACAAGCACGUGCACCACGCUGAGGGCCCAACUUGAGAAUCGUUGGGUCGUCGGCGCGAAUGGCGUGCGCCAUGCGCUCGCCGGCAUCGAGCGAGCUCGCCUGUCCGAGGAGCGGCUUUCUGUGUGGACGCCUUCUUCUGGCUCUCGUCGAGAGCGUUUUGCGUCCCGGCGGGUGGGAGAAUAUGUGUCGUCUGAUGAACGAGUGUAUCGCUUCGACGGAUCGACCGUGCUUGUUAUCAAGACCGAUGUGACGCACCCAGUGACACAUCAGACGACACAUAUUCUCCCACCCGCCGGGACGCUAAACGCUCUCGACGAGAGCCACAAGAAGCGAGUCGUGAUUUCUUGUUGGUUUUCUAAAAUCUCUCUCUAA